AUGCCACCAAAGCCCCCGGAGAUGCCACCAAAGGCCCAGGAGAUGCCACCAAAGGCCCAGGAGAUGCCACCAAAGCCCCCGGAGGUGCCACCAAAGGCCCCGGAGAUGCCACCAAAGGCCCCAGAGAUGCCACCAAAGGCCCAGGAGCCCCAUGGAGACCCCAUCACACCUCGAGGAGAUCCCAGAGCCAACCCUGGUGCCACCCUCACCUCUCUCCCCAUCCUUUUCCCGCUGGUGUCGCCCUCAGACCCCCCAGACCUCCUCCCUCCCGCCCCCAACAUCUCCCUCACCCCUCCCCGCCCUCUCUUCCUUCCCGGCGACGCCGUCUCCAUCCUCUGCUCCGCGCCGCCGCCGCCGCCCGCCGACCGCAUCCAGGGCUUCCGCUUCACCGGCACCUCGGGCUGGUCCAGCGACGUCCGCACGCCGCGCCGCGACUCCGCCCUCACCGUGGUGCUCGCCGGGCCCGGCGACGCCGGCUUCCACAGCUGCUCCUACACCGUGCUGCGCCGCGGCGGCCGCGUCCUGCACUCGCCGCCCAGCCGGGCCGUGCUCAUCGAUGUGCGAGACCGCCCAACCCAACCCAACCUGACGGUGACGCCCUCGGGCCGCACCGUCCAAGGGCAGCCCCUCCUCUUCCUCUGCGCCGCCCCGCCCGGCCCCGCCCCCCGGCGCCGCUUCCGCUUCCUGCGGGAGGAGCUCGAGGUCUCCGGGGGCGUGGCGGAAGGUUCCGGAAGCGCCCGGCUGAGGGUGGAGAGGAGCGGCCGGAACCAGACCGGGAACUUCAGCUGCAGCUACAAGGAGAUGGCCGAGGGGCGCUGGGUGGCCUCCUACCCCAGCGAGGCCGUGCCGGUGGUGGUGGAAGAGCCGUGUCCGCCGCCCGUGCUGUGGGCGGAGCCUGCGUCGGGCGUGGUCGCCGCGGGCCAGAGGCUCCGCCUCACUUGCUCCGCCCCCCGGCGCCGCUUCCGGCGCCGCUUCCGCUUCUUCCGCGACGGCGCCGAGCUGACACCUGAUGACGUCACUGAUGACGUCAUUGAUGAGGUCACUGAUGAUGUCAUCGAGGACGGCUCCCGGUUGGUGUUCCCGGAGAUCCCGGCCGGGUUUUCCGGGAAUUUCAGCUGCCGGCUGGAGGAGGAGGUGGGCGGGGCCUGGGUGGAGGCUCCGCCCAGUGAAGGCGUGGCCGUGGUGGUCGUGG